GCAAUGACGUUUAGUUCCCCUCGAAAGCCGGGCUUUGACGCUCGAGGAACCAGGUACAUUCACGACAAAACGGCCCAGCGCGUAAAUCCUCGAGUGCUUUUGCCACACUUUGAUUGGGUGCCGUACAAGCGGAGACAGCGGCGCUGAACACACCACCACCAGCAUCCUCCUGUUAUGUGUUUUGUGGAUGCAGGAGAGUCGUGAGCUUUACCUCAGGAAUCCAGCCGCAUCCCCUUGAUUUGCGCAGUGUCUCCUUCUACCCCACCAUCGACAAUGCCAACAAACGAGUCCGCCCUCCACCGGCCCCUCCUCGACGCUGUUACCGACGAAGAGCCGCGCUCAACUCCAUCCCUUCUUCCAUCAACGCACCGCGCCUCCUCCUUCGCCCCCUCCCCCUCCUACUCCUCUACCUACGCCCGCCGGCGGAGCCAGGCGAGGGCACUGCUCUCGUCCCGCGCGAAGCACUACUUCGUCCUCGGGCUCGUCGCGCUCGACGUCACGGCCAUCCUCGCCGACCUGUUCGUCGCCCUGGUGGCCUGCGACCUGGGCAAGACGGACGAGGAGUGGGUCACGCGGGCGCGCGAGAUCCUGCACCCCUUCGCGCUCGUGUUCAGCACGCUGUUCGUCGCGGAGCUGGGGGUUACCGUGUGGGCUUUUGGCUGGAGAUACUUCCGCGACUGGUUCCAUUGCUUCGAUGGCGUUGUGAUCACGGUCAGCUUCAUCGUCGAUGUGGUCACGAGAGGCAUCGUGGAAGAAAUCGCGUCAAUCGUGAUUAUUCUCCGGCUUUGGAGGCUCGUUAAGAUCAUCGAGGAGCUCAGCGUCGGGGCUGCCGAGAGGAUGGAGGAGAUCGAAGGAAGGGUUGCGGAACUCGAGCGGGAAAACGCGGAUCUCAAGAGGCAAGCCGAGGGGAUGAGGAACCCGGCGUGGGAGGAUCACGAACUGGAACAGUAGCGGAACAGCAGCGAUGUUUCACUAAAUCACGGUAUCUUCCGGAUCGCCUUGACACAUGUGGCUUUCAUGCAGUUCCAACAGAGCCGCUCUGAUGCACCCCAAGGGCUCGGUAGCUGGUGUUCUGGACUUGGUUGAUCCAUGCUACUUGGUCAUUUUGCCUGCUGCCCGGCCACAUCACGGUCGAAGACAGCCCUUGACACGGGCAUCAGGCCCUGGGUGGGGAGUCCCGUUGAGCGAGGUGCGCCCGGCGAUC